UCCUCUUCUUCAUUGCGUCUAAAUUUCGCGCUUAGUCGCCUCUCUCUCUCUCUCUCUCUAAAUCGCCAUUGACGAAGCUCAAAACCCUAAUUCCCAAAUAGAAAAAAGCUAAAGGAAGAAGCAAUUCUAUAUAUAGAUAUAUACACAUAGUGGAGGAGGAGGGAUAUAUACAUAUAUAUAUAUAUAUAUAUAUAUAUGUAAGGAGAGAGGUGUACACGGACUCAAUCCUCAAUAAGAAGAAGAAGAAGAGGAAUCAGAAGCUUCCCCUGCUAAGGAACCCUAAUUUUCGAAGAUGUUGGGGGAAGUCCUUACCAAAAUACUUGUGGUUUUGUUCGGGUAUGCGUUUCCGGCGUUUGAGUGCUUCAAGAUGGUGGAGCAGCGGCCCGGCGAGAUCCAACAGCUCCGAUUUUGGUGCCAGUAUUGGAUCAUAGUAGCAAUUGUGACAGUCAUCGAGAAACUUGCAGACACAGUUGUUUCAUGGGUGCCGAUGUAUGGAGAGGUGAAGCUCGCCUUCUUUGUGUACUUAUGGUAUCCAAAGACAAAGGGAUCUGAUCUGGUCUACGAGACGUUCCUGCGACCAUUGGUGAUGCAGUACGAACCAGACAUUGAGCAGAGACUGCGGCAUUUGAGGGCUAAGUCAGGGCAGCUCAUCAUGUUCUACAUUAAGAAUUUCAGCGACAAAGGAACCACUCUCUUCCUCGAGGCACUCAACUAUGUGGUCUCUCAGGGUUCGCGAGUUUCGCGCUCUGAGAGCUUCUUCUCAAGGAGCAAACGGUCGGCAUCGAGCCCCGUGGCGACCAAGCACUCAUCGACGGCCUACGACACACUGGGCUCCACAGCCGACGAUGUGGCCGCCGCCGAUCCCCACGCCGGCCGUCCCAAACAACGGCGACCGCCAUACAAGUAUUAGAAAAAAGAUUACAAAAAUCUACUAAAGUGAAAAAAAAA